GUUAUUUUUAAAUAACCUCUAAACAUUUCAACUAAAUAUGAGUUUUCGUGCUGGUAAAUUAUUUGUCUUUACAGGCAAGUUAUGUUCUCACAAAUCCAGGAAUUUUUGUUCACAAAAAAUAUCUCAAAAAAUUGGAUUUAUCGGCGAUGGUAAUAUGGCCAAAGCUAUUUGUAAAAGCAUCAAAAACAAAGGAUUAAUAGAGUAUUCUCAAACGUAUGUGUCCAGUCCGUACAUAAAAAAUUUGGACAUGUGGAAAGAAUGGGGUUCGAACGUAACGACCGAUAACGCUUUAGUUGCCAACGAAUCCGAUAUUGUUCUACUAGCUGUUAAACCACAUAUCUUAACGGAAGCACUCAAAGAAAUAGCCGAUAGCCCAUUGAAAAGUAAAAUCAAAAAUAAAUUGUUCAUAUCGAUUUUGGCUGGUACCACAGUAAAAGAUCUAGAAAAAAUGUUAUCAAUCUUCGAGGGGUCCAGAGUGGUUAGGGUUAUGCCCAACACGCCAAUGAUAGUGGGUCAGGGUUGCACGGUGUACUGCGCAGGCUCGUCGGCGACCAAUGAGGACUUGGAAAUUGUGCACCGCAUUCUCGAGGUUACCGGGAUGUGUCAAAAAGUCCCGGAACACAUGAUUAACGCCAUUGGAGCCGUAUCGGCUAGCGGACCAGCUUUCGUGUACAUGUUUAUUGAGGCUCUGUCGGAUGGUGGCGUGAAAAUGGGGUUGCACAGGCAAAUGGCGACGGAAUUCGCCGCGCAGACCGUCAUGGGGUCGGCGAAAAUGGUCCUGGAAACCAGCAAGCACAUGGGAGUUUUGAAAGACGAAGUUUGUUCUGCCGGAGGACAAACCAUUGCAGGGAUACAUGCUUUGGAGAGGGGAGGAGCAAGAGGGACAAUUAUGGAUGCAGUGGAAGCUGCUGCAUUACGGGCAGCUGAAUUGGGAAAACAUGACAAAUAGUAUAUGCCAAAUAAAGUAUUAUUACCAUAAAUAGCAUAAUAUGAAUGACAUUCAAUAAAUAAAGAAAAUAAAAGAA